AUGAAGCUCCUCUCCUCCGGCGACCAUGGAUGUGCUCCUCCUUUGGGACUUCUCCCCCGGACGGGCAUUGGCUACUCAGAUUAUCAGAAGGUUAAUGUGGUUAACGGAUUUGCCAUUCCCCCUUCCGAGACUGCCUGCCAGCAGGGGAAUUAUAUGUGCAAGGAGGUCGCUGCUCUCUCCUUUUCCCCUGUUUCCCCCCUCUCGUCGAGUGCUCCGCUACCACCUCCCCUCCCACAAUCGCCGACCGCCCCCACCAUCACCUCCGCCCCGCUGCCCAUCUCGCCUCCACCAGCAACGCCGCCCCCACCUUCGCCUCCGCCGUCUCCCUCGGUGGACGAGGGAAUGGCGAACUUCCCGGUGCUGCCUUUCCGCUUCGUCCCCGGCCCCGUCACCAUCGAGCCCAACCCUGAAGAUUGA